UCCCGAACGUGUCCCGAAUGUGUCCCAAAUGUGUCCCAAAUGUGUCCCAAAUGUGUCCCGAAUGUGUCCUCCUGAACAUGUCCCGAAUUUGUCCCAAACGUGUUCCGAACGUGUCCCGAAUGUGUCCUGAACGUGUCCCGAAUGUGUUCCAAAGGUGUCUCGAAUGUGUCCCGAAAGUGUACCUUUUAAGUACAAUAUUUCAAGUCAUAGUUAUAAUGAUAUCCAAUUUUCGUUAUCCGUUCCUGAAACACCCUGUUCUUAAAAUAAAAAUAUGUGCCCCAUCCCAAACAAGAAAAAAGAACAAACAGCCCUUAGUCAACACCUAGGGACAACGUGAUCGUGCCAAGAAAAUAUCAACCAACAAAACAAAAUAUUUUACUUAUAAAAAUAAUAAACAAACAAAAAAACAAUUUUUAAAAACAAACAAAAAAACUAAAAACAAAACUAAUUGACAUACUAAAACGUUCAUUGAUUGAACAAUGAGGUUUUGCAGAAUGAACGGGCCUAAUGAAUCCGAAGUUGAAAGCCUCCUAAUGAGUCCAUGUUGGGGACAAACACAAAAUGGAAGUCAAGACCAGUACCUGCUAGACGGACAUAAGCUUCUCCUGGAGCAUGAUCUCGACUCACUACCCAGUGAAUCAGAUCAAAAAGGAUCUCUAGAUGUUCUCGAUAACCUGCUUAUGAAUUCAUCUUCCCUUGGACUUUCCGAACUCAAACCUCUGCCACCAUUUACCGGCUAUACCGGUCACCUGUCAAUCAAUGGCAUAUCAGGCCAUCAUUACCAUGCAAUUGCUCAGCGAUUGCCAGAUGAGAGCAAUAACAAUUAUGCUCAAAGUGCUUACCACACAACAACAAAUCAAUCUGCCAACAACAAUAAUGGCGGCUCAUCGGCCGAUCAAAAUAUUGUCUCCUCCUCAACAUGCCUGCCCGAAUCUGUGCUCAGUUCGGACGGAAAUGAUGCCUGCCUUUCCGAUGUGAAACUUUUUGCCGAUAGUCAAUUAGAUAGUAAGCUUUAUUCAGUGGCGGACAGUUGUGUGAUGUCUGAUCAGGGUCCCGAUUCAGUGUCGGGUGUUUAUGUUGAUAUGAGCUCUAUCGAUGAUAUCGCCGCCAUCAUUGGAUCCGCCAUAGCGGACACAACAGUUCCCAAUCAACUAGACAACGACGAUGGCAAUGAUACUAGAGACUCAUGGAUGGAUAUUGAUGCGUGGAUCGACGGCAAUUGCAUACAACAAGAUGGCAAACUGAUAGUAUCACAACAAGACAGUUUAAGUGAGUUUGUUCUACCCCAUUCACCAGUCAACACAAGUAAUUCAACGUUACAAAGCCUCCUGACGCACGGCUACAUGCCAUUGCUGCAAAACCGUCUCCAAAACGGUCCACCUCUCGGUGCCAUCAAAAGUGAAGCACCAAGUUCUACCUCAUACUGCAACGAACUGACAUCUUCAACGUCAACAAGUCCGCCUGGUUCAGUUGUUUCGACAACGGACAAUAUGCUCAUCAAUGGCAACAGUCGAUAUCUAAAUUCAAAUCCUCCCCAAUACUCGUCCAUUUCAAUAUCUAGCAACUCAAACGCCAUGAAAGCAGACGGCAUCUGCAGUCCUGACAUUUUGGGCAAUUACCCACACACAACAACCGUUACGCCCAUUAGCACGCCCAAAUCAAAACGUCAGCGUUCGCAAAAAAAGUCAUCGUCUAACAAUCAUCAACAUCAACAAACAUCAUCGUCUAGCGGCAGUAACAGUAGCGGCAGUCAACAAAUGCAACAGAACUCUAUGUCACCGUCAUCGGUAAAUUUUAAUACAAAUGAUCUGUCGGGUCUGUUAGGUAAAGAAAAGCCCGUUCAUCGGUGUAAUAUAUGUAAUAGAGGGUUUUUAAAUAAAAGCAAUAUCAAAGUACAUUUGCGGACGCAUACGGGUGAGAAACCGUUCCGCUGUGACGUUUGCGCAAAAGCGUUUCGACAAAAAGCUCAUUUGCUCAAACAUCAACAGAUACAUAAGAGAAUUGGGCGUGAUUGACACGAUGAUUUAACACUUUUGUGUUGAUUUCUUUGUGAAAAUUAAAACAAACAUUUAAAAAAAAAUAUAUAAAGCCGAAAGAGACCACUUCACAUACUCAUAAUAUAUUUAUAUAUAAACAAGAACAAAAAAAAAACAUCUGAAUAUAUAUUUAAUAUAGAAAAGAAUGUAAAGAGAUUUUCUUUCACCUGCCACCGUCGCACUGCCACGAAAAAAAUCACGCGUAGUACAAUUUUCAAAAUUGCUCACAUUUAUUUUUACCCUCAUUAUGCAAAUGAAGUUAUUGAUGAUGUUCAAACUAUUUGUGUUUUUGAUAUUUUUGAAAACUUCAUUGACAUUUGAGUGAGUUGUGAGGCAUUCAUUAAUUGUAUGGCGUGAUAGUUUAAUUCGUUGUUGUUGGUUGCUUUUGGUCUCUUUUAUAUAUAAAAAAAAAAACAAAGUGAAGUCAAUCGGAUUAACUGUUUAUUUCUAGUCCUUCGAAUACAAGUUCAAAUAUUAAAAUGUAA